CUGCACGUUGCCGCCUAUUGCAUCAGUGGACGACCAGAACGUUUCACGGUGUGACGUGUUGCGUUCACAAACGAGUUUGGUGAUUUUGAACCAAUGGAAAUCGUUAAACUACCGCUUAACUUGGAGCUAUCGUUUUUAUGAUGACUUCUUUCCAAGAUUCAGAUCCAAUAAUAAGAGACUAUUUGAUUAAACAUUCACUUCCUCAGAUUUACAAGGCUUUACUUGCUGGAUUAUGUGUCUCAUGCCCUGAAGAUCCUUUGCACUUUAUAGAGGAGAAGAUCCUAUUGAUUCUAGAGGAUCAGGAUUUUGAGAUCUGCUGGCACACCUUUAUUGACAAAGACAAACAAAUCUCUUCAUUGGCUGGAGGCAUUGUGUAUGAUAUUUUUGGAAAUCCAGAAGACAGCCUGUGUCUGUCACAUUUGUUGGAGAAAGCUUACUCAUGUUAUCGCACCAGCCUGACCAAAAUGUGUUUCAGGGGUUGGAAGAGUUAUAUUUCAAAGAAGAAAAUGAAGGCUGCCAGACUCGUAGAGAGAAUGGAAGAGGCUGAGAUGUAUCACAAACAGAGACGGAUAAAACUGGCUUUUAUCAAGUGGACAGCAUGGGUUCAGUUUCACAAACAGAGGCAGAAUGAUGCUCUGAGAAAACUUCAAAAAGUCCAGGAUUCUGUUCACUGCAGAAACACCAUCACGGCUUGGCGUCGUGUUGUGCAGGACGCUAAAAGAGCAAAGGAAUACUUUAAGAGGCUAGAGAGAGAUAUACAAGAAAACCAGAACUCAGAGAUACCACUAGGCGAUGGACAGGACAGACUCUCACUGCUGCCUAACAAGCUGUCUCUUAAGAUCUUCCAAAGCCUAGGUGUGCGUGAUCUGCUGAAAUGUGCUCAGGUGUGUCAUUCUUGGAAAGCAAUUACUCAAAACAGCUCACUGUGGACUGAGAUUGAUUUCUCCCCUGAGGCCAGUUGGAUCACAGAUCAGACUGUGGAGAGAAUACUACGAGUGCAUCGUGUUUAUGUGAUCUGUGUGAACUUGUGCGGUUGCACCCUGGUGCAGGAGUCGAGUUUUGGACGCAUCAGUCAAUGCAGAAAUCUUCAAGAACUUGAUCUCAGUGAAUGCCCACAUCUUAAUGAUGAAAAUAUGAAGAUGAUUUUAGAGGGAUGUCGCUCUCUCCUCCAUCUUAAUCUGGCCUUUACUCAUAUUACUAAUGCCACAAUAAGAGUCCUGUCAAGAUGCUGUCUGAUGCUGCGGUCUUUGAGUCUCGCAUACUGCACAAGGUUCUCUGAUAAAGGCCUGCAGUAUCUGAUCACAGGAAAAGGCUGUCACAGACUCACUUAUCUGGACCUUUCCGGUUGUUCUCAGAUAUCUAUGGAUGGAUUUACAUAUGUCGCUAAAGCUUGCAGCUCACUGCAACAGAUUGUGUUAGAUGAUCUACCCACCUUGACUGACACCUGUGUGCAGGUCUUAGUGUCUAGAUGUCGAGUGCUGACUGUGAUUUCCAUAUUGGACUCACCGUAUCUCUCUGACGUGGCUUUCAAAACAAUUGCUGACGUGAUCAGCCUUACCAAGAUCCAAAUACAAGGUAAUAACCGAAUGACGGACAGCAGCUUGAAGGCCCUGUGCCGUAGCUCUCUGACGCUCAGCGAGGUCCAAAUAUCUGACUGCCCUCGCAUGACUGAUGCCAGCUUGAAGUCUUUAGGGAGCCUGACAAAACUGUGCAACUUAAAUAUCUCAGGCUGUAUCAAGGUGACUGAUAUGGGAAUCCAUUACAUCUCUGAAGGUCCAUCUUCUGUACAACUGCGAGAGCUCGAUCUUUCCUACUGCCCAAAACUUACUGACCUGUCCCUGAAGAGAAUAACUCAGAAAUGUAGCAGUCUGACCCACCUGAGUGUGUGUUUCUGUGAGAACCUGACGGAUAAUGGAUUUGAGUGUCUGAACAGUUGUACUUCUCUCAACUCUCUGGACAUCACAGGCUGCAAAAUACAUGAUAAAGGACUAGCCGCCUUGGGAACUAACCACAGUCUGAGAAAACUGACUGCAACUGAGUGUGUUUUUAUAACAGAUAAUGGAAUAAAGAUGUUUUGCCGACAAUGUCAUCAUCUGGAGCUUUUGGAUGUGUGUCAGUGUGUGUGUCUGACUGAUCGUGCGAUCAAAGCCCUCUCCUUCUUCUGCAGGACCAUUGCCACAGUCAGAAUAGCUGGAUGCCCUAAAAUGACAGAUACAGCAGUGAAGUACCUGACAAGGAUUGGUCACCUCUUGAAGGAGCUGGAUGUGAGUGGCUGUCCUCUUCUAACUGACCGCACCCCUUCUUUUCUACUGUGCAGCUGUCUGCAGCUGCGGUCCAUCAGCAUGCUCUACUGCAAGAACAUCUCCAAACAGGCUGCUCUGAAACUGCAGCGCCGCGUGCAACACUGGAAACACAGUAAUGAUGACGCCCCCUAUAGUCUAGACUAGUUACUACAGCUAAACCAGAUCUAGACCAGCUGGAGAAACAAAGACAGGAGGAUGAAGACAGCGCAAACUGACAUUACCAGUCAUUACUUACAUAUUAUACAAUUGAUUACAUUUGAUAAGAAAUCACUUUUUGGGAAUAUAAGACUAAAUCUUUAGUUACUUAUACUGUAAAGUGUACUCAAGGGACUGUCAGACUACAUAAGACAAAAAAGGUUCGCAAUCACUGUUUCAAACCAAAGUUUUGUCAAGUUUUUGCCAAUGAAUUGGAUAUUUUGUACUUUCUUACUAUUGUUUGGGUAUUUUUAUAUGACAAAGAAAUACUAGAUACUGCGGGACCUUAAUGAAACGUGUACAUUGCAUUUUCAUAACAAAUCAUAAAAAUAAAUCAGGUAAAAAUAACAAUGUCCACAGUUCACUAAAUACAUUUAAAGUUGCCUUAUAUUCUAAACUCAGGUAAGUAUAUUUCUAUAUUCUGUUAGGUCUUAUUAAGAUGUUAAUGUUAAUGUAAGCUUUAAAAUGAAUGAACGCUUGAAUUCACUACAUCCACUAGGUGGCCUCAGAAAACUUCCAAAGUUAAA